UUGGUGUCUGUAAGGAGCAUUUGGAUCCUACGUAGCCAGGAAUAUUUAUCUGUGGUGGUGAUUUGGUGACCGGCAAAACUGCUGUAUAAGAGAGGUGUAAUUGUGUGAUAACCUAGACAUGGAGAGGCAGGAUCAAAACAGUACAGCAACUCACCAUGUUGAUCCACAACAUGUUCGCAUCAUUGGAGGUACAGGUGAAGAGACUGGGAGCCUAGGAUGCUGUGGCUGGAUUCUCACUAUACUCUCAAUCCUCGUCGUCCUUCUCACUCUUCCCUUCUCUGUCUUCUUCUGUCUCAAGGUUGUACAAGAGUUUGAAAGGGCAGUGAUAUUCCGUUUGGGUCGUUUGCUGUCUGGGGGAGCAAAGGGACCAGAAUUCCAUAUUGAGUGGAAGUCUAAAUGUCAAAGUUCCAGAUUGAAGAGAUUUUCAAAUGUUAAUGAAUUACAGAGUAAGCAGAAGUCUGAACUUUAG